AUGGAGUCUGGGCUGUGCUGGGUUUUCCUUGUUGCUCUGUUACAAGGUGUCCAGUGUGCGGUGCAGCUGGUGGAGUCUGGGGGAGGCUUGGUCCAGCCUGGAGGGUCCCUGAGACUCUCCUGUGCAGCCUCCGGAUUCACCUUCAGCAGCUACUGGAUGAGCUGGGUCCGCCAGGCUCCAGGGAAGGGGCUGGACUGGGUUGGAGAGAUUAAUGGUAAUGGUGGUAGCACAAACUACGCAAACGCCGUGAAGGGCCGAUUCACCAUCUCCAGAGACAACGCCAAGAACACGCUGUAUCUGCAAAUGAACAGUCUGAGAGCCGAGGACACGGCCCUGUACUACUGUGCCAGUGACACAGUGAGGCUGUGGAUUAAGGCUUCUAAUCGACAUGAUGGAGAGGAACUGUGGUAGACCACACUUUCUGUAUCGACCCAUCUGUUGACGGACAUGGAGGCGUUUGGUGUUUCCAGGGCAUGCAGGCACAGUGGACAGGGCCGGGGGUCUGGGGAAGGCGGCGCUGUGGUCGGGAAGAAAACGGGACUGCUGUGUCCCGUGCUUGGCUGCUGCCAGCUGCAUGAGGCGUCUCGGAGGUCGGACGUGCACCGGGUGCGAGGCCGCUGCUGCACGUGGCUGGCAGGGACCGAGGCUCAGUGUCCUAAGUGGGUACUGCUAGAGCUGCCUCUGCCAGGCCUGGGGCCCGGAACGGGACAGCGUCAGGAACACACGCUCCGCAGGGAGCGCAAGUUACACCGUGUCCCGCAAGAGCUGCGCUGCCACGUCCUGAUCACUGUCCAAGAACCAGUUGUCCCUGAAGCUGAGCUCUGUGCCCACGAAGGACAGGGCCGGAUUCCCUGCGGGACACACAGUGAGGGGACAUCAGUGUGGGCCCAGACGCAGACCCCCCUGCAGGGGCGCUCGUGGCCGCCAGGGGGGCACGGGACUCCUGAGCCCAGGGCCGGCCUGGGCGGACCGGUCUCCUCUGGGGGCUUCGCUGAGUUCCCGACCCUGAGCUUCCCCUGCAGUCUCAGCUACGUUUGUGCGGUGAUCAGCACUGAACACACACUCACCAUGGAGUCUGGGCUGCGCUGGGUUUUCCUUGUUGCUCUGUUACAAGGUGUCCAGUGUGAGGUGCAGCUGGUGGAGUCUGGGGGAGGCUUGGUCCAGCCUGGGGGGUCCCUGAGACUCUCCUGUGCAGCCUCCGGAUUCACCUUCAGCAGCUACGCAAUGAGCUGGGUCCGCCAGGCUCCAGGGAAGGGACUGGAGUGGGUUGGUUUUAUUAGAAACCAGGCUAAUGGUGGCACAGCAGAAUAUGCUGCAUCUGUGAAAGGCAGAUUCACCAUGUCACGGGAUGAUUCCAAAAGCACCGUCUCUCUGCAAAUGAACAGUCUGAGAGCCGAGGACACGGCCCUGUACUACUGUGCCAGUGACACAGUGAGG